AUGAGGUCUUCAAUAGCAUCUCUGUCCCUAGGGGCUCUGUUCACCCUCUCAUCCGUCUCCGCGGGACUAAAUAACGCCGGAGAGCAAGAGCCUCUACGACCUCCCAUCGAUCCGCUCAAGUACAAAGCAGCAUGUCCAGACUACAAGAACUAUGCGAUGCGACCACACCCACCGUACAGUACAGGCCCCAUGGAACUACCCUUCCAACGGCCAUCCAAGUACUGCCGAACCUUCGAAUCGCCUCUCGUCGAAAAGGUCAUUGAUGACAUGAACGACAAGAUAGUCGACAAGGACCUCGCUCGUCUCUUCGAAAACGCAUUCCCCAACACAUUAGACACGACCGUACGAUGGCACGUCGAUGGGACUGUUAAACACAAGACCUCGAAACGAAACUGGGAUCCAGCGGCGUGGAAGGGAGCGCAGAGCUUCAUCGUCACAGGCGAUAUCAAUGCCGAGUGGUUACGUGACUCUACAAACCAACUAGCACAAUACCAGCUGCUAGCGAAGAAAGACAAGGAUAUACAUCAGCUCAUCUUGGGAGCCAUCAACACACAGGCAGAGUACGUCAUUGGCUCGCCGUACUGCAAUGCUUUCCAACCACCUCCACCAAGCGGCCUGAACCCGACCUUCCAAGGCGAUGGCGACAACGUACACCCAAACUACGAGCAAUCAUUCGUUUUCGAAUGCAAGUACGAAUUAGACUCGCUCGCUCACUUCCUCUCCCUAUCGAACCAAUUCCACAACCACACCGACUCGACCGAGUUCAUCAAUGGACGCUGGCUUCUCGCGCUCGAUACAUUACUCAGCGUGCUCCAGGAGCAGUCGAAGCCCACGUUCAACGAGCAAACAGGCGCUUACCAAGGCAACGAAUACACAUGGCAGCGUCAAACCAACAUCGGCACCGAAACACUCAGCCUAAGCGGUCUCGGUAACCCGCUCAACGGCGGCACAGGACUCAUCCGCUCUGCCUUCCGCCCCAGCGACGACGCCACAAUACUCGGCUUCUUCAUCCCCGCCAACGCCAUGAUAGCCGUCGAACUCCUACGCACAGCUGCUAUCCUCAAGAAGGCAGGAAAGAAACACAUUGCAAAUGAAGUCCAGACGUGGGGCGAGACAAUCCAAAAGGGUGUGUGGGAGCACGGCGUAGUCACGCACAAGAAAUAUGGCGAGGUCUUUGCAUUUGAAGUCGAUGGCUAUGGAUCUUCCAUCUUGAUGGACGACGCUAAUCUGCCUUCUCUACUCGCUCUACCUCUUCUCGGCUUCACAGAUGCGAACAACAAAAUCUACAAAAACACCCGUAAGAUGAUCCUCGAGAAGAACGGUAACCCAUAUUACCUCACUGGCUCCGACUUCGCGGGUAUCGGCGGCCCCCACGUCGGUGUGCGAAACGCGUGGCCCAUGGCUGUCCUUGUGCAAGCUAUGACUUCGGAUGACGAUGAGGAGAUUAUGACGUGUCUUGCUGCGGUCAAGAAUGUGAGUAGCUUAGGCCUGGUGCAUGAGAGUGUGAAUGUGCAGUCUGGGAAGUCGUACACGCGGAGUUGGUUUGCGUGGGCGAAUUCGGUGUUUGCACAGACAGUGUUGGACUUGGCGCAAAGGAAGCCGCAUUUGCUUUUUGGUAAGGGGAGUGACGCGUAUACUGUUGGUUGA